AUGAUACGCGCAAUGGAUCUCCUCAAAAUACAAUACGGGAAUCCGUCCAACGUAGAAAAGGCGGAGUUGAUAUCAUCAAUCGACUUUGAGAGUGUGACAACUUUCGAGAGCCCUUACGUGGAGGCUAUAAAGGCCCUAUGGGCCGAUUCGGGAAUUCAGGAGUGCUACGAUCGCAGGCGAGAAUACCAACUGACUGACUCAGCCAAAUACUACUUGCAGGAGAUUGACCGCGUCGCGGCACCAAAUUACUUACCUACCGAACAAGAUAUCCUACGCGUGAGAGUACCUACAACUGGUAUCAUUGAGUACCCGUUUGACCUGGAAGAGAUUCGAUUUAGCUAUUUAAGCGAUCUUGCAAGGAUCGAGAAAGACGACUAUCUGCCGACCGAGCAGGAUAUUCUGCGCGCCCGUCAGCCCACAACUGGUAUACUAGAAUAUCCUUUCGAUCUUGACGGAAUCAUAUUUAGGAUGGUGGACGUUGGGGGCCAAAGAUCCGAGAGAAGGAAGUGGAUUCAUUGUUUUGAGAAUGUCACAUCUAUCAUAUUCUUAGUAGCUCUUAGUGAAUAUGAUCAAAUUUUAUUCGAAUCUGAAAAUGAGAAUCGAAUGGAAGAAUCGAAGGCGCUGUUCAAAACCAUUAUCACCUACCCAUGGUUCCAGCACUCGUCGGUCAUCUUGUUCUUGAACAAAAAGGACUUGCUAGAGGAGAAGAUCAUGUAUUCACAUCUGGUCGAUUAUUUUCCAGAAUACGACGGUCCGAAAUGCGACCCGAUACCGGCCAGGGAGUUCAUCCUCCAGAAAUAUCUGAAGGAAAAUCCGGACCCGGACCGAUCCUGCUACUCGCAUUUCACCACGGCGACAGGUCCCCAGCGCGACGCUAGCACCGCGCGCGAGUUCAUAUUGCGGAUGUUUGUCGAUCUCAACCCGGACGCCGAGAAGAUCAUCUACUCGCACUUCACCUGCGCGACAGACACCGAGAACAUUCGUUUCGUGUUCGCCGCCGUUAAGGACACGAUCCUGCAGUCCAACCUGAAAGAGUACAACCUCGUG